GGAUAAAUGGCGAACGGUUACCAUGGUUACACUUGUUGUUACGCGGUAACUGUUUAAUGCUAGCUAGCUAGAUUUUCUGCGGAUACUGAGCUAACUAAGCGAUUUCUGGAGAAACGGUAACUUGGAGCUCUAGUGGUGACCUCUGAGAGGAGGGAUUAUGUCUGGAGACCUGGUCGGGGUUUGGGACGUGGCCCUGAGUGAUGGGGUUCACAAGAUUGAAUUUGAGCAUGGCACAACCACAGGGAAACGGGUCAUCCAUGUUGAUGGCAAGGAGGUCCUGAGGAGAGACUGGAUGUUCAAGCUGGUCGGCAAGGAGACGUUUUAUGUAGGAAGCACCGAGGCAAAGGCCACCAUCAAUAUUGAUGCUGUAAGUGGGUUUGCCUACGAAUACACACUGGAGAUCAAUGGCAAGAGCCUGAAGAAAUACAUGGAGAACCGAUCUAAGGUGACAAGUACUUGGCUGCUCAACCUGGACGGUGAAGACUGCAGAGUCGUCCUGGAGAAAGACACCAUGGACAUUUGGUGCAACGGGCAGAAGAUGGAGACAGCUGGGGAGUUUGUGGACGACGGCACAGAGACGCACUUCACUCUGGGAGAUCAUGACUGCUGCAUCAAAGCUGUGAGCAGCGGCAGGAGGAGAGACGGCAUCAUCCACAUGCUCCUGGUGGACGGCAAUGAAAUGGCCGAGACCACUGAAUGAUCGUCUGUAAAUCCUGUGUUGUAGGAAUAUGUAGGAAGUUUUAAACGUCGUGUUCUUCACUACAGUGGUUGUCAUACCGACUCAGGCCAUCUCUUUAGAAUUUAAAGCAAUACAGAUAUAAUUUAGUAUGAAUUCGCAGUACAUUUCCAAUAAUCACGACGCUAAGAAUUAAAAAAAAUAGGUGUCAAUAGGUACAUAGAAGGUGUAGGGAAUAAGACACCCAGUAAAAUCUGAUUUUAAGUGACCUCACACACUCUACAGUAUAUAUGUGGAUACCUGUCCAUUACACCUAAAUGUAUUCUUAACUCCAAACUGUUGAUGUAUGAUGUAGUGUUGAAGUGAGUUUCCUUUCACUGGAACUAAGAGACUCAAACCUGUUCCAGCAUGACAAUGGCCCUGUGCACACAGAAAGCUCCAUGAAGACAUAGUGUUUUUAAGUGGAAGAUCUCAAGUGCCCUGCACAGAGCCGAGACCCUGAACCAGCCCCAAUGAACUGGAACAGCGACUGCACCUCACAUCAGUGCCUGAUCUCAUUAAGGCUUGUUUCGCUGAAUGAACACAAAUCCCAACAACUACGCUUCAACAUCUAGUUGAAAUCUUUCCGAGAAGACUGGAGAUUAGUAUAAUAGCUAAAUCUGGGGGACUGUAUAUGGAACGGGAUGUUCAACACGUACAUAUGCUGUUGUGAUUGUCAGGUGUCCACAAACAUUUGGCCAUGUAGCGUAGGUAUGUGUUAUGGUAGCAUCUGCUUAAAGCCAUGGUUUAGGUUGCCAAUUGUGGAUUCAGCUUGUAACCUAAUAUAAGACCCAGUAGACUUGCUGUUAAAGAUUAGCCAAAAUGGUAUUUCCUAGCUUAUGUGAUUUUUAUGAGCUUCGCUAUGAUCCCUAAAAACACAUUGUGCUCAAAUUCACCAGCAGUGAAGCAAAGAGUAGAAAUGAGAUUAAAUCACAGAAAGGAAAAUGAGCCAGACUCAGACUUUCGGUUUUAACAGUGGAGAGUUUAGGACAAUAAAAUGGAGCUGAUACACGUUUUACCUUCA